UGACUACUUGUCGCCAUUUUGCAGCGAUAAGUGCGAUCUAGGAUCGCAUUUCUCUGCGUUAAAAGUGUUCUAGAAAUAUUUUUACGGGAGUACAGUCACUCCCGUAUUUGCAGAGUUAAUUUUUAAAAACCCUUUUUCAAAUCUGAUAAUUUCUGGCUAAAUAAUUAUUGUAAUUUUCCCUUUUUUUGUUGUUGCAACAUGGAGUUAUAAAGAAAAUGAAGUCUCAAAGUUUUAUAUCUGUUUUAUCUGCUGAGCAGAAAAGAACAUCUUGUUCUUUGAAAAUAGUUGUUAAUGCUAGAAGAAGGAGCUGUCACAAUGGACAAAAAACCGUCUCGUCAGUCGUCUGUACCGCCAAAGAAUGGCGCGUCGUCCGACAAUAAAAAGAAUGAUACAAACAGUCCAAGUAGAUUUGCAAAGUAUGGGAGGAGGGAGACAUCAGGACGGGGACGGGACACACAUGAUGGUUCUCGGCGGCCUGUUCCCCAAAGAUCCAGAGCUUUUGGGGACAAAAGGCCACGACCGAGAGGCUAUUUUAAUGAUCGACAAAGAGAAGAGGUAGUAGAUGCCCCUUGCCCAGAGUUGGGCUCAGCUUUGUAUUCUGGUUCGAAAAAAGCGAACUACAAUCAUUUGCUUAACUUCACAUUUGCCGAGAGGGAGAGUGGACAGAGAGGGUACUCUCAUGGAGGAGGUCGGAAACAGCACUACAGUGGUAGAGUCCGAUACAACAAGGAAUGUUUUCUGCAAGCAAACUAUCAGUUUGUGGUGCAUGAUUUAGGUGACUAUGUUGUUCAUUCAAUCGAUGCCGACAAGCUUGUGGACUGGGAUCUGGUGGAGCAAGUUAGGACUGCUAGUUCAGAAACUCCUUCAUGCCCAAUUUGCUUACAAAUACCACAAGCAGCCAAGAUAACCCGCUGCGGUCACAUCUAUUGCUGGGCAUGCAUUCUCCAUUACUUGGCGCUAGGUGAGAAGACUUGGAGAAAAUGUCCAAUUUGCUACGAAGCGGUCCAUAUCAAGGAUUUAAAGAGUGUACUGACUAAAACUGUUCAUCAGUACCGACCUGGUGAGGAAAUAACCAUGAAAUUGAUGAAGAGAGAGAAAGGAACUACCUACUCUGUGCCAAAAUCCCAGUGGGACAAGCGGGAUGGCAAGCCGCAUAGUGUUGAAGAUGGUGACAACACAAAAUAUAUGAAGAUACUGAUUGCAUCUGUAAAUGAGAUACAGGCCCUUAUCAUUGAGCCUGAGAAAAAGUGCUUACAACAUCAGCUAAAGGAAGCCGAGACAUCUGAAGUUUGUUUUAUUGAAGGAGCUUUGACAAUGCUCAAGGAAAGGGAGGAAAUUCUUUACGGAUGUGCCAGCAGCUCAAACAAGACUGAUAAGAUGCUAGAGCAGAAACCUGACAAGGUGGCAGGAAAAAGCCCGGUCACAACUAGCCUUCCAGAGCGGAUAAGCCCGGUUAAACCUGGGUUUUCCUGUGAUGGAAGAAGGAAAAUUAUUGAGUAUGCCUCGGCAUUUUCUGAUGAAGAGGUUUUUGAUGAUGAGAGAGAAGAUAGUGAGAGUUUAAAAGCAAGUCCUUCGUGGUCGUCGGUUUCAGAUCCAGAGAUUUCCGAGUUGCUCGAGGAUAUUGUCAUUGAAACUGACGAGUCUACUGUGGCUGUACCGAUUCCAGUUGCGACUGGAAGUACGCCGACUCCAGUGAUGUCUGCUGAUCCCGCAGUCAGUGGUAAUCCCAUGGGGUCACCAGAGAAUCCGUUUGCGACAUCCUCGAUGCAACAGAAUCUGACCGAAGACGAUACCAUGCCGACCGAUGAAGCUGCUGCGUACCUUGAGUUGCCAACGGAAACCCCACCAAAAUAUGGCAACAAACGACAGAAUGUUAGAAAGGAUGCGUUCUAUUACUAUCAAGCAAGUGAUGGUCAACAUAUCUAUAUGCAUGCACUAAAUGCCCGGUGUAUGGUUAGAGAAUAUGGAAGCCUUGAGGACUGUCCUAACACUGUGACUGCAACCAUUGUGGCGAUGGAGAGCAUCUUCAUGACCGAGGAUUUGCGUAAGCGUCUUCGAUAUCUGAACCAUCUACCUCUGACGUGCGAGUUUCAAGUUGUGGAGUUAGCUUUAAAACCACCUGUUGUAUCCAAGGACACAUUGAGAGCUUUUUCUGAUGAAAUAGAAAAACGUCACCGAAUGAGACAAAAGAAAGUUAGAGAUGAAAAAAUAAGAUCCAAGAGGAUAGAUGCAGAAGAAAAAGAGAAAUUUGGAUUGUUUGCAGGUUUGUCUGUCCCACUUGACAGUACAUCACAGUUUCCUGUGACUACGAUUGUACCCAGUGACAUGUACGCCCCAGCAACCACAGCCCCAGAAUCCCCAACAUCUGGUAAUCUUUCAGGUUUGAAUGAGAAUGUUGACGAAAGUUCUGGCUCUGUCAGUGAUGAUCGACAACAGAGUUCAAUGUCAUUUGCCCAGAUGUUAAAAGCUGGCAAGACACGGCCAUGUGCUUGGUUAAAACCAGUUGAGAACACUGCUUCCGUGGAGAAACCAACUAAGGUGUCUGGAGAUGUAGAAAGCGACGACGAAGAUGGCAUUCCAGUCCCUCAGUUCCAGGAUUCAUUCAGCAGUGCAUUGUCUGCUGCCUUGGUCAGUCUGGACAAGCCUAAAGAUGGGGAAUCAAAACCUCAGAGCAGCAAAAAGAAAAAGAAGAAACAACAGCUUCUCUUUACUACAGCAAUGACACGUGGGAAAUAGGCCAUUGUGUUAUCAACAGAGACUUAACGGAGCAUUGCUAUUUCUUACCCAGCUACGUCUUACCCAACGCGGAUGAUUAAUUUACCUGUGGAUUGCUAAUAUGUAGAGCUAUAUUUCAUCUAUAGCUAACCCUGUUAUUCAGAUGUUUUUUGCCUGCCUGCAUUUUGUGAAUUACCGUAAUUCUGUAUAUCCUGUUAAUCAAUUUUUCAGUAUAUAGAUGUAUAUUUUAAUACCAGUACUAAUUUCCAAGUAUAUUGGUGUAUAUUUAAUCCAGUUCUACAUCUAUAAAGGAUGCAGGUGAUGCAAAUGGAAGUCUUUCAUUAGGUUUUAAAUUGAUAAUGACGUACAGUUAAAAGGGGAGAUAAGGACUUCCUUUUGGUGAACGCAGUGUUUUCAUCAACUGCCAUUGUUAGGAAAAGAAGCAACCGAUUUUCUUUGUUGUAAUUUAGUCAGCAUAAGCAUGUUGUUGUAAACUGCUGGUUUUUCCAUAUUCUGCCAAAAUUAAUAUAAUAAAGUGAUUGUUGUUAUAAUUCACCAGGUCAUGUGUAGUGUUCUGUUAACAUUGCUUCAUAUGACUAAUACUAGUGCUAAACGAUGUCAAGUAUUCUGACAUAAAACUUGGGAUAAUUAACACUACUGCUGUGGUUAUUAAAGAUAUUUUAUACAUGACACGUUUAAAGAGACUAUCCUGAGUUUGCUAACUUUGUUAGAUCUUUACGACAAAUGGAGCAUUUUUCUAUAACUGAAAUCGCAUAUUAAGUAAAAAAGAGUUUUAGAAUAUGCAGAGCUAGCUGUGACAUCAAAUUCACCAGCUGUGAAUUUUAAAAGCAAAUGUCAAAUUUUAUGUCUAUUUGGGCUAAAUAAUUGCAUGAAAUAAUUUAUAUUUGUUAUAAAAUUAACUGCUUUGAUAAGUUUUAAAUAGAGAAGAAUGCAACGAGUUGUUUUAAAAUGUAUUUAACAAGCGAAAGCGAGUUUAAUACAUUUUUAAACAACGAGUGGUAUCUAACGGACACAAAUAUAUUAUUUUAUUUCUUACAUAUCCUCAAAAACCAAGGUUUAAUCAAAUUUUAACAUCUUUAUCGAUUAAAAGAUAUUUACAACCCUUUGCACUUGUAGCUGACUUGUGCGUGACACACACAUUACCAGGUUAAUUAUACGUCGCAGUGUAAUCGAUUUACACCGUGCUGUUUUUUUUAUUGUAUGUAUGGCAUUGGUGACCUGGUCAUCACCUAGGAGCAGUCGGUCGUAUGUCUUGAAAUUGUUAGCACUCGUACAUGUAAACCACUAUAAUGCAUGGUGUACUCGUCAACGGGUGAGUAAGAAAGAUAAUUUAGAGAAAUUAAGAGUCCCAUGUCUGUUUCUGAUCAUUCUAAUGUGUGUUGAAUAUUUUGUCACACAAUUAUUUUUAUCAAGAAAAUUUCUGGAACGUCUUAAGAAAGUAGCAUGUGACAUUUUGUCUUGGUUCUGUUAUUUUUGAAAUAUUAAUAGUAAAUUAUGCCAUAAACUGAAAGUGAUCAAUUUUUAUUUAUCAUCAAUGUUGGUGAUUGCAGUAAAUUUAAAUUCACGCACACAACCGUUUGGUGGAAUGUUGCCAUUUUUGAAGUAAUGGCAUAUUAGGUUGUACAUUAGUCAUAAUCCACUGAAGUGGAUAGCAUUUAAUGCUGAUAUUCUAUAUUUGUAAAAUGUACAUCUGAGUCCUUUUUCCCCUCUAUAUUAUUUAUGUUUGCUUUUUAUGAAAGUUGUGUUUUAAAAUGUUGUUUAUUUUGAGGUUUGCGUAGAUGAGCCACUAAUUCACUACCUGUGUUAGUGGUCCUGUUGAUAUUUGCUGUUAACUUGUUGUUUGGCUGUUUGUAAAUAAAUCUGCUAUAUUUGUGUAAUGAUCUUUUGCUGUGGGAUUGGGUGGGUGCAAAAAAAAAAAAUGCAUUCAGCUUUUUGCCAAUAAUAAAUGAACUAUUUGUAUCCAUACCCCUUCCCACCCCGAUAAAGUUGCCCAUUAAACAUUGAUUAUUUUUGUGAUCCUGGGCUCAGUUCCACAAAGCAGUCUUAGAUCUUAGCCCUAAGAUCACCUUAUGUGCCUAACUCUGGGAACAUUUUGCUUUUAACAUCUUGAUUAACGAUAUUUCUAGUGAAUUGAAAAUGGAUUAGCAACUACUGUUUAAUGUUUUAAAAUUGUGUAGUGAUUCUGUGUAACUUUCGUAGCAAAUCGCGACACGAUACUGAACAAAAUGUUCCCUGUAACUACUGUUGCAAUUAUGGUGAUCUUAGUGCUAAGAUUGCUUCAUGGGAUGGGGCCCUGGAAUGGUAGUGAAUUACUGGGUAAACUAUUCAAGACUACUACAGGGUUCUUAUGCGUCCUGGAAAUCCUGGAAUUACUGGGUAAACUAUUCAAGACUACUACAGGGUUCUUAUGCGUCCUGGAAAUCCUGGAAUGUCCUGGAAUUUUGCAAUUUUAAAAUCCAAGCCUGAAAUGUCUUGGGGGAAAAAGCAUUAAAUUUUAUUGUUCUGGAAAUUUAGGCCAAAAAUUCAGUGGUUUAUUUUGUUGGCAUCUUUACUUUUGUUGUCCUCAUAAGCUGUCUAAAUUCAAACAACAAUUUGUUGUAAAAACAUUCAUUGAUUGAACAUUUCAUGUCCUGGAAUUGUUUUUGAAUGUCUUAAAAUGUUAUGUUUUUUUCAAGUGUAAGAACCCUGUACUACUACUAAUACUACUACAACUUUGCUUUUGUUUUCCAUUUGUUACAUUUAUGCACAAACUAUUUGUUUUAAAUUUUGGACAAUCCAGAUGCUGCAGUAGAAACUAGCAGAAAAUUGUAAAAGGAAUGUGCGUGCUUGUUUUGAUGCCAUUGUCGUGGUUUUUGUAGUCUGAUGGUUUACUGAAUGAUUUUUGUUUUUUGUUCCUGGUAUGACAGUACGGACAGCUAUUGAAUUGUUAACGUCAGCACAACAGCAUUGCUUGAUUGUUUAAUUUAUGACAAAUUAUGUUUAUCAUAUACUACAAAAUGUGAUAGUUCCAAAAGUUUGGUGAUUUGUUUUGACUGAUUAAAACAGAGAAGUAUUA